AGUCCCAAAUUGCGACACGUGCGAAUUUCCGCAGGUUUCGUCGCUGUCAAUCAACACACACGGCGACUCCUCCUCCUCCGAGUUGCGCACGAGAAGCUCCGCGCACGUCCGCACAGCGUCGAGCGAAAGAAAAGGAAGGGAAAGUUUCAGUUUUCGUCCUCCCCCCCCCCCCCCCCCAGCCGACGUUGCAGCAAACCCGGGCGAUGACGCGCGCGGCAGCGUGAAGGCGAGGCAGCUCCGCAGACGCGCUGGCACGCACGCCCAGCAGUAUGCGGCGCAGCGAUGGCAGCCAACGGUAAGAGCACCGCGGUGAGGACGCUGGAGGACCUAACGCUCGAUUCCGGUUAUGGUGGCGCGGCGGACUCGGUCCGGUCGUCCAGCGUGUCGCUGUGCUGCUCCGACCCGCCCCUGCAGUCCCUCUCGCACGGCGGCAACAACCGCUGGCAUCUGACGGAAUCCAUGCACAGCCGACAGAACAGUCUGGACACGGUCAACACGGUGCUGGCCGAGGACACCGAGGCGCUGGAGUGCGCGGCCCAGCUGUGCGCCAAGCUGCCCGAGCCGGAGGAGGUGCCGUGGAGCCUGGCCGAGGUGGAGGACGCGUUGCGGCGCAGGCGGCGGCAGGGGGACGGGGAGCCCCCGCUGCCGCCGCCCUCUCCGGAGGUCCUGGCCCGGCUCUCCGUGCUGGUCAGCCGCGCGCUGGUGCGCCUGGCCCGGGAGACGCAGCGGCUCAGCCUGCGCUACGCCAAGUGCACCAAGCUGGAGGUGCACAGCGCCGUCAAGGUGGUGCUCUCCUGGACCGUCUCCGUCAACUGCGUCGCGGCCGCGCUCGGCGCCCUGUCCCUGUACAACAUGAGCAGCGCCGCGGACAAGUUCGGCCGCGGCAAGUCCGCGCGCUGCGGGCUCGUCUUCUCCGUGGGCAAGUUCUUCAGGUGGAUGGUGGACAGCCGCGUGGCGCUGCGCGUCCACGAGCACGCCGCCAUCUACCUGACGGCGUGCGUGGAGAACCUCUUUCGGGAGGUGCUCGGCCGGGUGGUGCGCAGCGCGCUGCGGCGGCGGGACGACGACGUGCCGCACCUCAGCCUGGAAGCUCUGGAGCAGGCCGUGGGUGCGGACGCGGAGAUUUGGGGGCUGCUGCAGCCCUGCCAGCACCUCAUCUGCGGGAAGAACUCCAGCGGUGUGCCGAGCCUACCCGAGAGUCUGAACCUCCACCGGGAUCAGCAGCAGCGCUCGGGCCGGGGCGACGGUGGUCACGGCUGCUACACUCAAGCUGAACUCCGCGCCGUGGAACAGUCCUUGCUCGCCACGCGGGUGGGAAGCAUCGCUGAGCUCAGCGAUUUGGUGUCGCGGGCCGUGCGCCACCUGCAGCCGCUGCACAUCAAGAACGCCGGCGACGGGGGCGACGGGGGCGACGGGGGCGACGGGGGCGACGGCAUCCACUGGGAGCCGGAGGCGCUGUACACUUUGUGCUACUUCAUGCACUGCCCGCAGAUGGAGUGGGAGAACCCCAACGUGGAGCCCUCCAAGGUCAGCCUGCACACGGAAAGGCCGUUCGCCGUGCAGCCGCCGCUGAUGGAGUGGAUCCGGGUGGCGUCGGCGCACGCCGAGCACCGCCGGAGCCCGGCGGUGGACAGCGACGACGUGCGGCAGGCCGCCCGACUCAUGCUGCCCGGCGUCGACUGCGAGCCCAGGCAGAUCAGAGCGGAGGAUUGUCUGUGCGGCGUGCGCAAGCUGGACGCGGCGUCCAGCGAGGCCAAGUUCCUGCAGGACUUGGGCUUCAGGAUGCUCAACUGCGGCCGCACCGACCUGGUCAAGCAGGCCGUCAACCUGCUGGGACCCGACGGCAUCAACAGCAUCAGCGAGCAGCACGGUGAACGGCACGGUUGGAUCGUUGGCCUCGCAGUUCUGAGGUCCAGGGUUCAAUCCCGGCCCCGCCUGUGUGGAGUUUGCAUGUUCUCCUCGUGCCUGUGUGGGUUUUCUCCGGGUGGGCACUCCGGUUUCCUCCCGCAUCCCAUAAACAUUGGACACUUGAAAUUUCCCCGUCGGUGUGUUUGUUGGUCUAUGUGCCCUGGGAUUGGCUGGCGACCAGUUCAGGGUCCACCCCGCCUCCUGCCUGAUGACAGCCGGGAUAGGCUCCAGUGCUCCCGCGACCCUUGGCAUGACGCCGCUCAUGUACGCCUGCGUCCGAGGCGACGAGGCCAUGGUCCAAAUGCUUCUGGACGCCGGUGCCGACGUCAACAGCGAGGUGCCCGCCACGGUGCACCGGCACCCGUCCGUUUACCCCGACGCACGCCGCGGGACGCCGCUCACGUUCGCCGUCUUGCGCGGGCACGCGCCCGUCGUGCAGCUGUUGCUGGACAACGCGGCCAACGCGGAGGCUUCGCUGCAGGACGGCGCCGACAACUACGCCGAGACGCCGCUCCAGCUGGCCUCCGCCGCAGGAAACUUCGAGCUGGUGAGCCUCCUGCUGGAGCGCGGCGCCGACCCCACGAUCGGCACGACGUGCCGGAACGGCAUCUCGGCGGCGCCGCAGGGCGACAUGAACUCCUUCAGCCUGGCGGCGGCGCACGGCCACAGGAUUUUGACAAGUGUACAAUUGGCGGUCGUAGGAACGUGUUCCGGAAGCUCCUGUCGCACCCGGAGAAGGACAAAGGCGACGUCCUUUCCCUGGAGGAGAUCCUGGCCGAGGGCUCCGCGACGGCGCAGAAGACGCCGGCGCCUCAAGCCGACGGCGGGGGCGGGGGCGGGGGCGGGGGGACGCUGCGACCGGCGAAGGCCAAGCUGCGCGCUCUGCGGGAGGCCAUGUACCACAGCGCCGAGCACGGCCACUUGGACAUCACCGUCGACAUCCGCAGCCUCGGCGUUCCGUGGACGCUGCACACGUGGCUGGAGUCGCUGCGGACCGGCUUCGCGCAGCAGCGCCGCCCGCUGAUCCAGGGCCUGCUGAAGGAUUUCGCCUGCAUCGGCGAGGACCAGUACACGGACGAGCUGCUCACGCACGGCCUGCCGCUCAUGUUCCGCAUCCUUCGGUCCUGCAAGAACGAGGUGAUCAGCCAGCAGCUGUGCGUGAUCUUCACGCAGUGCUACGGGCCCUUCCCCAUCCCCAAGCUGAGCGACGUCAAGAAGAAGCAGACCUCGCGCUUAGACCCGCACUUCCUCAACAACAAGGAGAUGUCGGACGUCACCUUCCUGGUGGAGGGGAAACCAUUUUAUGCGCACAAAGUUCUGCUUUUCACGGCGUCGGCCAGGUUCAAGACGCUGCUCCAGAACCGACCGGCGGCCGAGAACACCUGCAUCGAAAUCAGCCACGUCAAAUACAACAUAUUCCACUUGGUCAUGCAGUAUCUCUACUGCGGAGGCACCGAGUUCCUGCACAUACGCAACACCGAAGUCAUGGAGCUGCUGUCCGCCUCCAAGUUCUUCCAGCUGGAGGCGCUGCAGAGACACUGCGAGAUCAUCUGCUCCAAGAACAUCACCACGGAGACCUGCGUCGACCUCUACAAGCACGCCAAGUUCCUGGGUGCCUCGGAGCUGACUUGCUUCAUCGAGGGCUACUUCCUGAAGAACAUGGCGCUGCUGGUGGAGCUGGACGGCUUCAAGCAGCUCCUGCACGAGCCCCCGCCGGCCCCCGACGGGCCCGCCGCACCCGGCUCGGACAUCCUCCGCGACCUGGAGAAGACGCUGGCCUCUCGCGUGCGCUCCAUCCACCUGUCGGCCUCCAAAGGCUCGGUGGUGUGACCUUUGGUCUUUGUUUUCUUUUGUUUUGUUUUUUUUUUUUCGUUCCCCGAGCGAGCGAUUAGUAGCAAAGGCGGCAGGGGAACCUUUUCAGGUGCAAGCAAGCCCCGCGCGUCUGGGCCACUGUGUUACCGAAACCCUCCCAGCCUGAUGUUUUUUUAUUUUUUUGCAUGAGGCCUUCCCACGGAGGAAGGGGAGGACGCCACUCGAAUAAUGCAUCGUGUAAAUACAACCGCAUUUGUUCUCGCUCUCCGGCUCGACCGUGUAUGUGUUGCACAUCUGUAGCCGUCCGCCAUCUCGCUUUAGCUGCCCCCCCCCCCCCCACCCCAAAUCCAGAAUGUUCCACUCACUUGAAAUCGAGCAAGAGGAUUAACGAGGGAUCGGAAUGCGACGCUCGCGUUUUCGUGUCUUUUCCGGGGAUGCGCUUGCCCUCGGUCGGGUUUUGGAAAUUCAGCCCCCCCUGCGCCCCGUUUCUUCACGCCUUGAAAUUUUUUUUUUUUGGGGGUUUGUUUUCCACAAAAACGUCUCAAGAAUCUUCAUCCAAAAAGAGACGGGAUGUCAACCAUUCCACGCCUUUGCCGCACAUUUUGCGUUUUUCGAAAUCAGCCCCCUCCGAAGCCCGUUUCACUUUGCGGCGUGAAAUUUCGGCGUCGUUACUGGACCUGCAAAAAAAAAAAAAAAAAAAAUCUGCCGUAUGUCCAGUCCAACCAAAAAUCUACAUCAAGAAAUUGGGCGACAACAAUCAACCCAUGACGGAAAAGUGAGGAGAAAUGCACAUUUUUGAUCUGCAGGUGUACCUAAUGAAGUGGCUGCAGGAUGGAAACUGCACAAAGAUGACUGCAAAUAUUUUUUUAAUGCCAUUAAUAAUUAUGAUCAAAUGUGCUGUGCAGUCCAGCGGGCGACCAAAAACGCGAUAGUACGAGUGGUACAAGAUAAAAUGCUAUAUUGAGGCACUUAAACGAUGUAAAUAGCGAGAGAAAUCUUAUUUUUAUUUUCAUACAUGCAGUGCAAUACAGAUUUUAAUUUUGCAUCUAUUUUGUUGCUGUGCACAAAAAAAAAGUAUCCUCUGAAAAGCAAUAUUUCAACAAGUGUAUUGUUGCAGUAGCAGGAAUGUGACGCGCCAACCGUGACGAAAAACGAGCGAGCGCGAAGGGAAGAAGUCAAUUAUUUUCCCGGCAAGUAUUUUUGAAAUGGAAAAGUCGCAGAUGUCAUUUGAAUGCUCAAAUGUUUGAAUCGUUAUGUAUUUUUUUUUUCUACCGACGCCGUGCACUUUUUGCGCCCGUUUUAUUCGGCGCAAUCACACGGACAAAACAACUUUGUCGCAUUGGCGCGUGUUCUCCUGCGGAGGCGCCGGUGAGCCGUCGCAGCGGGGACUUCACAUCCUCGCGGUUCCGUUUGUGCUCGGUUCUGGUCGAACGCGGAAACCCCCCCCCCCCCCCCCCCACGUCGGUUGCCAUUCGCGGCUUUUCUAGUUUGCUCACUAGCGCCUCUGCCGGUGGCCUGACGGUAUUGCAGCGUCGGUUUGUCCCCCCUUUGUUGUUGUUACUUUGCCUGUCGAAAUGUUCUGUUACGGCUUGUUGAAAAAAAUGGAUUAAUUUCCCCCCCCCCCCUGCAAAAUUCAAAAAGUCUUUAUGUGUGAACCCCUGUGAAAUAUUCACUAGGAUGUCAAUUUUACCAUUUUGAGGGGGAGAAAAAAUGAAUUUACCACCCCUGGAAAGGGACCCGUUUUUUUUUCUCCCUUUACUUGUUGAACAUGUACAGUGCGCAAUUGAUGUAUAGCAUAUAAAUAUGGAAAAAGUCUCCUCAAUGACAUCUGGUGUGAGAAGCGAGGAUGCAGUUUGUGUUUGGGCAAAGAGGAACGUUCCACUCGUGCUGCACAUUCCAUGUUUUUGUGGACAGACAAUAAAUGAGCACAUUUUCA